CGUCCUCAUUACUUACGAUUUAACUAUAGCUCAAUAUAUCUCAGUCACUAUUAUUGCUAACUUGAUUCGUUAAUUUAAUUUUCAAUUUUAAUGAAAGUUGGCCAGGUAAAUAAAGAAGACAAACUUUAUCAUGCACUUCCGACGAAAAGUAUAUUUUAAUUUCCACCUUCGAACUCUUUCUAAAUUUAUUGUUAUCCUGAUACUUACUUGUUUCAUGUUAUUCAGUAUUUAUGUCACAAAUCGAAAUAAAAAUCAUCUUGAUGAAAUUGCUAUAGAAGGAACAGGCACAGAACUUUAUGAUUUUGGUCUUAAUGUUGUUGUAUUUAAAAAUGUUUUCAUUGAUCCAUCUAAAGUCGUUGGUGCAAUUGGAGGCGAAGAUCCUAUGAAAGUCGCUAACCAACCAGAAUCUUAUGAACUCUUGGAUUUUCAAUAUGGAUUUAUCAAAACUAGUGUUAAGCCAAAUAUAAAAAAAGAACAAUUACGUUCGUAUGAAACUAAUGUAAUUACGUUUCUCAAAUCGGUGGAGGUACUUGAUUCCAUGAACUUGGAUACAACAAAUAUCUAUAAGGAAAAAAUUGUCUUUUUAAUUACACGUGUAGAAUAUGCUAAUUUAUAUCAUACAAUGACAGAUUGGUAUAAUACUUAUCUAACAAUGAAAUUACUUAAUUUAUCAGUCAAUAAUAUACAUUUAUUAAUAACUGAUGGACAUCCUAUAGGUAAUUUAGAUGAAGUAUGGUAUCAAUUAUUUAAUUAUUCUAUAUCAAGAAUUGGUGCCUAUAGACAAAUUACAAAUCAUAAUCAUAAUAAUACAAAUUUACUAUCUAUAUUACCUAUGAAUAAGAAUUAUUUAUUACAUAUACAUAAACUUGUUAUAAUACCAUAUGGUUAUUCAAGUCCAUUAUAUGUUGAUAAACCACUUUUAUUUAAUAUGUAUAUUGAAGAAUUUCGACAAUUUCUUCUUCAAAGUUAUCAUUUAAAUAUCAAUGAUAAUUUAUGUUAUAAACACAUAGUAACUAAUUAUAAAUUACCACAAAUAAUUAUUAUUAGUCGACGUGAUUAUAUUGCACAUCCACGUAAUAUAAAUGGACAUAUUAGUAGAAAAAUCAAUAAUGAAUUACAAUUAUUAAAUAAAUUAAAACAAUUAGGUUUUAUAAAUUCAUUAAUUAUUGAUUUUAUUAAUUUAACUAUAAAUGAACAAUUAAAUUUAAUUAUUAAUACAGAUAUAUUAAUUGGUAUGCAUGGUGCUGGUUUAACUUAUAGUUUAUUAUUAUCAAAUACAUCAAUGGUAAUUGAAUUAUUCCCUAAUUAUUGUUGUAUUAAUAAUCAACAUUUUAUUAAAUUCACUAAAUUACGUCAUAUUGAUUAUUAUGCAUAUUAUGGUUUAUCAAUAAAUGAUAAUAAACAAUUAGAAUCAACUUAUAUACCGAUUGAUGAUUUUCAAACAAUCAUAUUACAAACAUAUAAGAAAUGGAAAGAAAAUUGUAUGAAAAUAAAUGAAAAAAAUAAAGAGUAGAUGAUCUUCUUUGAGGAAGGGGGGGAGGGUUUCGUUUCUUUGUUAGUUUUUUUGUUUUGUUUUGAGAAACUACUUUUGGGGGUGUUAUAUCCCAGCGAAGAUUAAAUCAUGAGUAACUUCUGCUGAGACCUGUUAAUUGAGUAAUAUUAUCUAUACAUUCUUAUGGUAUAAUUAGAUUAUAAAUAUUUAUAUUCCCCUUGUUAUAAGCUUUAUUUUGAUCUAUAAUUUAUAAUUGUACGAUUUACGAUUCUUAAGCUAUGUUCAGUUUAUUAACUACUGCCUCCCAUGUUCACAGGCACUUUUUGGCUUUAUUGUGUACAAAUGUUAUUUCCUAUUUUAUGGUGCGUUGCGAUCUGUUUGAUUCAUAUGUCUGAAAUAAAUGAUUCGAUUCGAUUCGCAUAUUGGAACCUUGUAUUUGGUGUUCUGGACUCACAUGGACGGGCUAGUCGGAUAUAGGACCAAUAAGGACGCUAGAUUGCUCACACCGGUCGAACGUCAUUGAUUUUGGCAUAGUACUACGAUUGUAAAAGUCGUAUUUUGAUUGGUGGAUAAAUCACGUGAUAAAAAGCCGGACAUAAAGUCAUAACAGGGGGGGUGUUUUUUUACAGUGAAAUAACUGAUUUAAUGAUGUAUAAACAUUUAUAUACAGAUCAAUAUGGAUACUGAUAAUAGUAUUUGUGAUACAUUGAAGAACAAAUAGAUAUUGUAAAGAGAAUUGUAGAUUGCUCAGAAAUGGAAUGAAACAUUUUUCGGAGGGAGGAGGGGUUUUCUUUUCUUUUUUUAAAAAAAGAAUUUUGAAGGGGGCGUUUUUAUCUUUUUUUUAACAUUUUUUCGUUGUUUUUUUACGCUGAACUAAGUGAUUUAAUGAUGUAUAUAUAUCUAUAUAAAGUCUUAUAUGAACAUUAAUAUAACUAUUUGUAAUACAUUGGAAAAUAAUUAGAUAUUGUAAAGAGAACUGUAGAUCGCUCAGAAACUGAAUAAAUAAUUUGGGGUGGGGAGUUUGUUUUCUUUUUUUUAAAUUUUUCGGGGGGUGGGUCUUUCUUUUUACUUUUUUUGAUAUUUUUUAUACUGAAAUAAAUGAAUUACCGAUGUACAUGCAUCUAUAUGCACAUCUAUGUAAAUACUAAUAUAACUAUUUGUAAUACAUUGAAAAAAUAAACAGAUAUUGUGAAGAAAAUUGUAAAUUGUUCAAAAAAUGGAUGAAAAAAAUUUCUGAGGGGGGAAGGGUUUUCUUAAUUUAACUUUUGAGGGGGGCUCUUUUCUUUUUUAAAAAGUUCUAUAUGAUUACUGACAACUAUCUGUAAUAAGUUUAAUACUGAAAAAGACAAAGCAAAUAAUUUGACAUUUUGGAAGAGGAAUAUCGUUAAAGUCACGGCGGUUUAUUUUAAUUUUUCAUCAAUGGGUGGUGGGCAAUCAUAACCAUUGUGUAAUUAAUAUCAACCUAUAAAAAUUAUAAAACUUGGUUUCGGUUGUUUGUAUGUUUGUGAUAAGUCCCCGUCGCCACUGAUAAGUCUUGCGAAUUGGACGCUAUUCUGUGACCCCCAAGCUAGAAAUAUGCAGCGCCCUGAACACAAGAGAGAAGACGCAAAGUAUGCGAGAAAAUACUUUACUCUAAGGUUCCGUUAUUUUGUACAGAAAAACACGGGUAUUUAUAGAUGUUCACAUUUGUUAAAUCAACAUCAUAUUUUAGCCAAUCCGCCAAAAGAAAUAUUAUGCUACUGACUAAUAGUUGACAUUCUAGAAAGCUCCAUCAUGCUCUGAUUGGCUAGGACUCUUCGGCUUCUCUAGGGCCUCUGGAGGCUUCGUUGCAGUUCUCGGAAAGCCAACUCAACAGUUUGUUUAUUUGUUUUUAUUUUGGAUUGAAUAAGAAAAUCCACUAGUUAAACAAACUGAGGAAGUUCAGACAAGUUAGCUGGAUGAAACGGAACUAUUUUAAAUUGCAAUCGCUGAGAUUAUUUCAAAUAUACUUUUCACAUACAAUGUCUGCACUAUAGUUUGUUAUUAUAAUAUAAUAAUAUCUUCUGAUUCAGUUGUUAGUUUUAUUCGUUUUCGAUUUCUUUCUUGUUCUCUUCAUUUCAAUCUUCUGCUGGUCGGCAUUUCACCUGUCAACAUAAGUAGCAUACACCACAUGUCUAUUGACCUAUUGAGUCUAGAUAGUCACCAACAUAUUUAAUUAGUAUGAAGUAAGUAGUGAGGAACCAUGACUCUCUUAGUGUUGAUAUUCAAGAAUAGAAUUAUUCAGUGACUUUUCAAUAUCAACAAGGGUAAACCACUCAUUUGCUCUAAUUUUUUCAUACUCAUUGUAUAAUUUAUUAGCUAUCUGAACUCAGCAGUUCAGUAGACAAAGCAUUGUGUGUUUGGAACGAAACGUAUGACAUUCGAGAAUCAGUGUGAACACCAUUAUAGGUAUUAAUGUACAUACAGUUAAUGAUGACACUCGUCUCCUACAUAUCAUUGAUAGCCACAUAACAAAUAUAC